AAUCUGUCGUUACCAAAAAAAAGCAUUUGUGAUAUUUACAUGUGUACAUAUGAAAAAGCCAGUUAAGUGUUUUUUCUAAGUUGUACAUAUCUAGGUAAGUUGAUUGGGCAAGUUUUUUAAUUCAUUGAUUGAUCAAUCGCAUUAUGCGCAAAUGCAGGUUUUACAGACCAAGUUUGCAUUUGCGUAUAAUGCGAUUGAUCACUCGAUGAAUUAAAAAACUCGCUCGUUGUUAUAGACAUCUAGCUGCAUCUACAUUUAUUAAUGAAUUAAUUGUGAAAAAGAUAGAGUGUAAUAUUUCCUGAAACAUUUUUCUCAGAAUUUUUUACAUAAUUUUACAAAAUUUCUAUAUGAAUUCUAUAUAACUUUUUAAUAUUGUUGUACUCGACGAGACGAGCACACAAAACACUCGCGAAGGGAAGAACGAACGCACAACACGAAAUGAUUAGACACUCUUUUAUAAAAAGGAACACUGACUUUAAUCAAAUGACUAGAGGAGGCCGGGGUAAAAUGUUCCUGGGGACCAACGUUGUUACGGUGGUUAUAAUUUUAAAAUAAUAAAAGAUAGCGAUAUGUUCUAAGUACGUCACGAAACAACAACCGAUCACGCAAGUGCGGCAACUAUCUUAAUAUCGCAAGUAGCGUUUAACUUAAUUUACGCCGCGGUCUGUGUAAAGACAUGCUCGUAAAUCAAAUUUUUUUCAAUUGACAGCAAGGAUUAACAAUAUCAAAUAAAGAAAUAUUAAGCCCAAUAAGGACUGUUAGACACAUUUUGUAAGGAAAUGUUAUUUCUUCGAGAAAAGAAGCGUAAUCGAUUCUGGCUGGGCUACAGCUGCAUUAGAAAUUCUACUAUAGUUUCUCCUACCAACUGUUAGCCUGUGUUAGACUGCGUUUCGAAAUUAACUGCUGGUAUUAAAAUCCAUAGUACAUAGUUAUACAAAGAGAAGACUGAGAGUAAUUUACUGAAAUAAUAUUGGAACGCGUAGCUGUAUCUUUUGUUCAGAAAUGAUUCGGAGAAAGAGCGUCUUAAAUACUUUUAAGGUAAAACAUCGAAAAAAACAUUUUUAUUUAUUAUUUUUUUAAUGUUUUUGUAGGCUAAAUGUACACAGGACUUUCUUAAUUCUUUUCGUAAAAACAAAAGAAUAAUUGGUUACCUUGUCACGUGUAACGCGUUGACGCGUCCUAUGUGCAUUUAGCAAUAUUAAAGUACAAAGUUAUUCGAUAAAUAGCAUAUUCAAUAAGUUUGAUUGUAGUUUUAUUGUUCUCUAAUCUAUAGCUUAUUUUAUAUUAUAUGUAUUAUAUGUUUUCAGUACUAGUCUUUAUACAAUCUAUAUGCGCCUGUGGAAGGUUUAUAUACAUAUAUACAGUUGCAUAUAUUUUGCAAUACUUUCUCUUUAUUGUGAAUAAAUAUAAUUUUAUAACGAAAUAGUUUUUUAAUUAAAAUCAUUUUAUUAAAUUUAUUCUUGUGAUGGACCAUAUUACCACCCUUGUUCCUCUUCAAUCCAUUAUGUAGUGUUGUUACAUUUUUAUAGAUAAUAUUUAACCUAUUAAAUACGUUAUAACAUUAAAUCUAAAAUUUAUUGAAAAACAGUUUGAUGAAUGUAAUUGUUAAGUUUUUAAUUUAAAUUAUUGAUUAUUAACAAAGUUAUUAUAUAUAAGUUAUUAAAUAGAUGGCCAUAAUAACAUCUCUAUAUUUCAAAUUACAUGCUAUGAUGUACAAUUGAAUACGAUACUAGUUUCGAAUUGACUGCAGUCUUCUUUAGCCUUAUAUUAAUUAAAUUAAUACAUAUAAAUUAACUGUAUAGAUGAGUAAACUACAAACGACAUCAAAGGUGUUUAAAUUCAAUAAGUAAGUGAAUAAUACAAGGCUAACAACAUAAAGUGAUAUAUAUAUAUAUAUAUAUAUAUAUAUAUAUAUAUAUAUAUAUACGCCAGCAAUACAAAAUCAGAAUCAAAGGAGUAAAAUAAUGUCAAACUAAUGAUCUGUAAUAAAGGGAGGAACCUGGUUUAGACGGUCACAAAAAUUGAUUUUUCUAAAGUUGUCUUAAUCAAUAAUAGCACUAUCUGAGAAUAUCUUCUUAAAAUAUUAGACCAGAUUUAAAAAAUUUACAGCCUCUGAGUCGAGCGUAAUACUUAUGGGUUCCGAAAACUUCAAAUCCGUUUUUCUCAAAACAGUCAAAUCUAAUCAUUCCAUUGAAUUGUUUCUGGUCUUGUUUUGUAGAUAAUUAAUGUCUCUUCUCUAUGUACUAAAAUGUUAUUAUGUGUUUUAUUGUGAAAUUGUGACCUUUCUCGUAUUUAAAUUCGUAAAAAUGAACCGCAAGUAUAAGUUUCUUUGAAUUUUAUAUCUAAAAGCAUAUUUUUCACUCCUUUCAAUAUCCACAUAGCACGUAAUAUGGCAGUGAUAUUACAGCAAUAUCACUUUUUUAUUGCAAUAUUACAACGAAAUAUAUCAGAAAUAUCACUGAAACAUCAUUAGACAUUACCUUGUUUUUUAGGAUUAAAUAUUGCAACAAUAUCACUAGAAUAUUUUAAUGUAAUAUAUCAGCAAUAUUUCUGUGAUAUUUUACAGUAAUAUAUAAUAUUUCUGUAAUAUUGCAAUACUACUGUGAUAUCACUGCAAUAUUACGUACUAUGUAAGUAGUUAUCUGUGUGUUUUCUUAUCUGAAUAAUUUUAUCUCGUUAUUCUGUUUCAUGGUGUAAGAAUACACCAUGUUCUGUUUUAUCCAAAUUCUGUUUAUUUACAAAUGUCGGAAAGUUUAGCUUAUGCGUUUUCCUGCCUGAAUAACUUCACUUUACAUGCUUUUGUAAGGAACACGGUAGUAGAAUCCUAUAUAAAGAGAGAAGCGACAUCGAACCAAGGGAGUGAAACCUACAUAUGAAAAGUGAACAGAUAUGUGAAAACAAAAACGGGGAUAAAUGCAUGUGCGCGCAUGACGUCAUGCAGUGGUGGGACUAUUCCCACUACGGCAUGAUUCUAUUUUUUAAUCGUCAUUUUGAGUGUAGUCGCAAAGUGUAGAAAACAAGUGGUUAGGAUUGCUAAUGCAAUUCUUCAUUUGCAUAUAAUUACAUAUUUUAUACAAUUAAGAUUUUGAUUAUCCGAGUUUUUUUUCUUUCGAAACGAACAAACUUUGGACUGAGCUUCUAACUAAGUUCUGUAGGAAACCAAAUCAUUCAAGACAAAAUUGUAUUACUGAAGCCGGACCGAACAGUACAUACAAUUCAUCAUAAUUCAUCAUGAUUACAGAUAUACUUUUGAGUUGCACAAGAUUAUCUGUACGUGUUGGAUAGUUUAUUCCAUGGACGGAUCCGCCAACUGUUUAGGCAAUGCUGUAAUAUGCGUAAAUAAAUAGCGAGAUGUGACACAGUAUAUAUGUAUAUAUUAGUGUAUAAGGAAAUGGUCGAAUAUUGCCAAACAUUGGAAAUUUAGAAUUUCUAGUUUAACAGCUACUAAGAAGGUCGUAGAGUAUAAAGGUCUCUUGGUCAAGGGCUCUAUUGCUUGACUUCCUAGGUGAGCGCUUUUUGGCUGGCCACCGCCUCUCUCUUGGUUUUAAUGCAUCUCAUCUGUGGAUAACCUAUAUCUUCGGUGCUGCCUGCCGUUCGACACCGCAUCGUGCGCGUGCUCGGGACCUGACGGAUCUGUUUGUGCGGUGUCUCUCGCGCCUCUGUGUGGGGCUGCUAGGCUGAAUCUGUUCGUGAGUGCUGUUUUCGAUUUCCUGGAGUCUGUUCGUAAGUUUCUGUUAAUCAGCUACUCUCUCUACGAUGACUCUUGCUUGCACACACUGUAAGCGCUUUAUUGCUGUUAUCAACGCGCUAUGCUGCAACCGCAAUCCCAAACACAUUUACUACGAGGACUACGCCUGGAACUUGCACGGCUCCGCAUCUGGCUCCCUCGAUCUUUCAAUGCUUUCCUACCCGGCCUGCCAGACGCAGAGCCACCAUGGAAAUUUUUCUGAUUCUCAUGACCCGGUGCUCGCGAGUGCUGAAUUGUCAUCGGCCGCACCUUCCGCCGAACAGGACUCUAUUAGGAGCCUCAUUGCUACGGUGCUUGCUAAGGUCGAGGAUAUUGAGCGCAAGCUUCCUCGAUCUCCCUGCGAUGAGGGAACAGUUGCGGGAUCUUCCGGAAUUGAAGGCUCAGCUGGCCUCGCUUGAGCGUGGCUUUCAGCAGUCCUUAGGAUCUAUUGAGGCUAAGACCGAGGCGGUGACGUCCUCUGUUCGUGACAUUGACGUAAGGCAGAUCAUUCGGGAUGCUCGUGUCCUUGUCUUGGAAGCACGGCCUUCUGAUGGCUUUGGCACGCCUGCGGGCCAUCUUGAGAAGCAUCUCUUGAGCGCGCUAGACUCAGCUCCGAGCUCAUCAUGUUCAGCGUGAAGGAGCUCCCUUCCAACAUCCAUGCCAUUACCACCAGCAUCGCCUCCGCACUGGGAGUCGCGGUUUCGCCUACCGAGAUCGCGUUCUGUGUGUAGAUUCCAUCUAAAGACUAUUCGCGCCCCAUCAUCGUCAAACUAUCCUCCAGUGAUGCCCGUAAUCGGUGGAUCGAUGGGAAGAGGGCCAAAGGAGUCCUUGAGGGUGCCAAGGUGUCUACGGGACUCUAGAGCUCCAGAAUCGAUAUCAAUGAGACUGCUGGCUGCAGUGAGGACCGUCUUCGAUGAGGCAAGACGUGCAGUUCGAGAUAGCAAACUUCAUCGAGUCUGGAUUCGUAACGGCCUCAUCUUCAUUAAGCGCCACUUGGAUACUUUGCCCAUUAGAGUACGACAUUGGAAGCAUCUGGACAGCCUCACCGCCGGUGCUCCGAAAACCUCCUCCGCAAUGACCUCAACUCGCGCACGCCAUCGCAUCUGCGUCCUUUUCAAUUCAAUCUGCGGGCGUCCCCGCUACGACGACUAGCCCUCAGCAGGCGCCUACAAUCAGACCUCGUGCGCCCCCGGCGUCUUGUGGUGCUCCCGGAGCCAGCCAUGCGGUUGCCGCCUGAUCUGCAUCUGCUGGUGAAACCUGACCUUCGCCGGCCGCCCCCUCUGCCGUCUUGAAUCCGCUUCGACUAUGUCAUGUGAACUGCCAAUCUCUUCUCUCCCACUUUGAUGAAUUCGUUUACUAUUUUUCCACCAACAGCUUUGACCUACUCGCCAUGUCUGAAACGUGGCUCAAGUCCAACGUCCCUGAUGAUUCGGUACGCCUCCCUGGCUUCUCGCUCCUGCGUGACGCGAUGAGACGCAGGCCUUUCCUACUGGCUAUAAUCUAUCGUCCUCCUAAACUAGGUCAUCUCGCCUAUUUCCAAGCAGAUUUCGAAAAGCUCCUAUCUUCCAUUCCGUCUGCUGUGAUAAUAGGCGACUUUAAUAUAGACCUAAAUCGUCAGUCCUUCGAUGCCACCUCGCUGCGAGAAUUUUGCGAGUGUAAUCAUCUCCAUAUUGUUCCGUUCUCUGACACACCACACAGCCACCUCGCACACUCGCAUAGAUUAUUGCUUGGUCAGCAAUAGUGCCUUUGUGCUGUCCCAUCGACAAUGUGCACUAUCCUUCCUCUCCUCACACGAUCUUAUCAAGGUCACCCUUGAUAGUCACUACAAUGGCCUUCCGCCUCGCAUCAUCUCUGCUCGCAAUUUCUCUAAUUAUAACCUCAAGACACUACAUAACCAUUUAGGCACCCUCGACUAGACCAUCGUAUACCAUUCCGACUUGCUCGACGAUAAGAUCGCUACCUUCAAUAAUCUUCUACUCUCAGCUCUUGACGCUCUUGCUCCGCUUCGCUCUUUCUGUGCCAGAAGACCUCCCGCCCCGUCGAUUCGGCGGAAACUGCGCUUAGCUAUGCGCGAAAGACUCAGCCAGAAAAGCCUUUUGCAGGCGUCUUUUCUCCUCCACUUUGAUCACUUUUCGUUUACUGCGCAACGGAGUAAACAACUUACUGGACAAAGCCAGGAAUGAUUAUCUUGCAGUGUCUCGAUUCUGCCUCUUCUCCCGCUCAGCUCUGGUCUGAGUUGCGAUCGAUGGGCCUUGCCAAGUCUCGCUCGCCCACUUUGUCUCCCAAUACAUCACCUGAUCAGCUAAACUUAUUCUUUACUGCAAGACAUCACUCCCAACCAUUUCCCUCCUUGUCCUCGACCUUCCGUACUUACUCCCUCCCUUUCUGCACCAACCACAGUUCCCGCUUCUUCCUUCUACUUUAAGCAUGUUACACCGGACAUCCUCUUAACAACUCUUGCUACGCGGUCAUCCAACGCUGCUAGCCCUAAUGAUCUUAAUCUUCGUUUUAUACUCGACUGUCUUCCCUACGUGUUUUAUGUCAUCCUGGAUCUUCUAAACCUCUCCCUUUCCUACCCUAUGGAAGCGCUCCCACGUAAUCCCUCUCCCUAAGAUCAAAACUCCUUCCUCUCUUUCAGACUACCGACCUAUCUCACUCUUAUGCUUCCUUUCCAAGAUCCUUGAGCACAUUGUUUAUGAUCAAUUGUCCUCUUAACUCUCGUCCCAUCUCCUCGAUUCUCUACAAUCCGGUUUUCGGUGUGGCUAUAACACGCAAACUGCGCUCGUGAAACUGGCGGAUGAUGUAAAGCAGGCCAUCGAUCAAAGAAUGGUCACCCUGCUCAUACUAUUCGACUUUUCCAAAGCCUUUGAUUCCGUCUGCCACAACCUACUUCUGAGCAAGCUUUCCAACUUCGACAUCUCCUCUCCUGUACUUCGCUGGUUUGAGUCGUAUCUCUUGACAAAACACAGCGUGUUCGCGGGCGCAACGAUUUCUCAGGGCUCCGUCCUUAGCCCCUUGCUCUUUGCCCUGUUCAUAGACGACCUAAGAGCUGUAUUCCGUCAUUCCCACCAUAUGUUAUACGCCGACGACCUAGAAAUAUACUUACAUUUCCGUCCAUCCAACCUUGCAAAUGCACUUGGGAAAAUCAGCGAGGACAUUUCUGCUAUCGAGAGGUGGGCAAACAACAACUGCCUCACGCUGAACACCUCCAAAACCAAGGCCAUUCUCAUGGGUAGUGCCCGCUACAUUAAUGCCAUCAACGCCAAUCAUGCUUUAGUCCUUACGCUUAAGGGGAGAUAUACACCUAGCAUGGUCGAAAAAAUCGAUUUUUUUUUUCAUUUUCUUGAUGCAUGAGGUCUCAAGAAUAUCUGAUUCAAAUUGCAAGUCAAUAUCUCGAUAAAUAACGAAGUUACAGCCGAGAGAGUGAACCGUCUCGGAGAGCGCGCCGUACCGCCUGUUUUGCGGCCGAGCCGAGAGGCAGGUAGCGGCAAGCGACCCUUCGAAAUGACCUGUUUUACGAUUCUAUUGUGUUUUCGGGUGUGCUCGGGUCCAGGUAUAACGGAAAUAUCCCACGACCGUUAUUCUUAGCCAGAAAUUGGAUGCCUUUCGUCAGUAGCUUGCCGUUCGUGCAACUGUGCGUUACAGUGAGUUUUUGUCUGUGAAUACAUAUUCUGAGGAAAAUGGAUAACAGAAAUAAAGGUUCUCGGGAAGCUCAUCAAUCCGGAUCUUUUCGCAAAGAUCGAAGCAAGAAGAUACCGCCUAAAAAUCGAUAUACUGCCGAAAAAGUAGAACUUUCCGACGAGAAUAUUAGUUCGAGUGCCAAAAAAUUGAAGACUGAUCGUGAGACAUCUGCGCCAGAAGAUCCAAACAUCGGGUAUCGAAUUUUGAAUUUUCUGGCAGUGUUUUCUGCCUUAUCGGAAUGUGUAAAAUGCAAAAAGUGUGAUAGUGAUGUUCGAUUCUCAAUAGAAAGCACUCGAGGGCUCGGUUUUAAAAUUGUAGUUUCAUGUUCAUCCUGCAAACCGACUUUCAUUCCUUCGUGCCCGUACAUCAAGACUGCUUACGAAAUAAAUACACGAUUCUUUUUUGUUAUGCGUUUAUUGGGGAUUGGUUUGCGUGGAGCUAUGAAAUUUUGUGGCCUCAUGGAUUUACCGCCUCCGGUUCAACAAACGACGUAUGAUAUGAUAAUUGAGAACAUUCAUUCUGCUGCUUCAAGUAUUGUUCAAUUGGUGUUAAAACAAGCUGUAAAAGAAGAACAACAGGAAAUAACAAAUCAAAAUUCGAGUGAUGAUAUCAAAAAACUGACCGUUUCAGGAGAUGGUACGUGGCGAAAACGUGGUUUUACCUCAUUAUAUGGAGUUGCGGUUCUCAUUGGUCACUUGACAGGAAAAGUCGUUGAUUUUAUUGUAAAGUCUGCUUAUUGUGCUGAAUGCAACUAUUGGAAUAAACACGUCAAUACCGAGCAAUAUCAGGAAUGGAAAUCUAAUCACGAAGAAAAUUGCCAGGCAAAUCAUGUCGGAUCGCCAGGCAAAAUGGAAGUAGACGCCAUGAAGGAAUUAUUUUCAAGAUCUGUCGAAAAACAUGGAGUUAUGUAAAUUAAUUAUGUUGGGGAUGGCGACUCUAAGACGUACACGGGAUUAGUAAAUGCGAAACCGUAUGGUGAGAUUGAGAUUAUAAAAAAAGAAUGCGUGGGACACGUUCAAAAGGGAACCCGUCUUCGCGAAUGCAAAAAAAAAUUCUGGAAUCGGCGGCAAAAACAAAUUGACGGCAAAGUUUACAGACAAACUGAGCAUUUACUAUGGCUUAGCCAUUCGAAGAAACAGUAACUCCAAGGAUGACAUGAAAAAAGCGAUAUGGGCAACAUUCUACCAUUACGGCUCAAUAGACAGCAAGCCUGAACAUCAUUUUUGUCCCGAAGGCCCCGAAUCGUGGUGCAAGUGGCAACAAGCGAAAGCUAAAGGAGGACUAAGGAAUUUCCGUCACGAUUAUUCAGCAUUGCCAAAAACGGUGUUAGAUGCCAUCAAACCAAUUUACGAAGACCUCAGCAAUGACAAAUUGUUGGAACGUUGUGUUGGCGGAUACACACAAAACAGCAAUGAGAGCUUCAACUAACUUAUUUGGAAAAUAGCUCCAAAAUCGAUGCACAGCGGGGCCAAAAUUGUUAACAUUGCUGCAUUUCUUGCAACAUGCACGUUCAACAAUGGUGUCACGUCAUUGUUAGAAAUCAUGAACGUGUUAGGAAUAUCGGUCGGAUCGGGCGCGCACUUGUACGCUGCGCAAGAAGACGAAACUCGCAUAGCGAAAGCCGAGCUGCAAGCGCAAGAACAGACGAAAGGUCGAAUACGGCGCCGACAACAAAAUUUAGAAAAUAUGAACAUUCCGUCAACCGUAGAAGACUUACACUAUGGGCCUGGUAUCGAUGAUUCCAUGUAAGUUGACAAAUUUAAUGAUUUAUUCAUUCACAAAUUUUCAAACGCGUUUUUCUCAAAACCACGUUUUUCAAAUCGGUACCCAAAAUUUCUCGAAAACCAUUGAACCGAUUGCUUUGAAUUUUUUUGUGGUUAUUCUAUACAUCAUUAUCUAGUACUUGUCAUAGGAUUUUUUUUUGUUGGUUAGUUUUUGUUUUAUAGGUAAAAUAAUAACUAAUUUUUGGUCGAAAAAUCGCUAUGUUAUGUUCAAACGUCCGCCAUUUUGUCAUAAAUCAAUAUUUUCAAAAUCGGCUAUGACAAGUACUAGAUUAUAGUAUCUAAUUUAAUAAUCUUUUUGGUUUUUUGUUUCAGAUGAUUUUUGAGGAAACGCUAGUGGGUACCGUUUUUCCGGAUUUUUUUACGGCGCUGUAAAGAUUAUACUACAACUUCGUCAAUUUUUGAUUUUUUUUAAUAAAAAAAUUGGACAUAUUCCUGAAUGUGUAUACUUUUAGAUAGAAAAACUCCCAAUACGAAAUUUCAAAUAGUUUUCCUUAAAAAAAUUCACAAAAAUGACCUUUUUUCCGGCUGCUAGGUGUAUAUCUCCCCUUAAUGGCACACCCAGCGAAAUUACAAAGCGCGUAACCAACCUCGGCUUGACCUUUACUAGUGUGCUGAGCUGGAAUGAGCAGAUUAAGUCAACCUCUCAACGGGUAAAUGAAGUGCUCUAAAAUAUUACAGGCAUUGCCUGUCGCGUCCUCUACGAGUGCGACUGGUGUCCUCUCUAAUUUUCCCAUUCUUUGAUUAUUGUUCUGCCGUCCUAACUAAUCUAACUGGUCAGCAAAGUCUCAAGCUCAGACGGUUUAUGAAUGCGCUUCAUUUUUUACCUCCGCUAGGACGAUCAUGCCUCCCAUCUCUAUCUCCAGCUCGGUUAGCUGAGUGCGGAGGACAGGAGGUCUUACCUCAUCGGCUGCCUGAUCUACUCUGUCAGCAAUACUGGGACACCUCCCUAUCUAGCAUCCAGGUUGGUGCCUCGCGCACGACCAGGCACUACUUCUAGGGUUUCUCCGCUCGACUUUGCUGUACCUUCCAGUCGUAUAUCAACUUACCAGCGCUCAUUUUCCAUAGCUACUCCUUCGUUUUGAAACUCAUUUCCCGCACCCAUCCGCGGUGCUGUUUCCAUUAGCGCUUUUAAGCGUAAUCUUCACCUUCUGCUUCAUAGUAAGGCUCCUCAUUAGGCCUAACUACGUUGUAGACAAUGUCUUAUUAAAUUAACAUGUUUCUUUACUUUACUUAUUUUUCUUACUUUUCUCUCUUUCGUUCUCGUUUUCAUUUGCUUAGUACAUACAUUUUUUCUUUCUGUUGUAUUAUAUAAAUAUAUAUUGUAUUUUUUGUUCUGUUUAUUUUUUUUCCUAUUAUGUCUGUAUAUUAUAUUCACUGUUCGCUCGCGCUGGACAUCUUAUUUAGCACAUUUUUAUUUCUAUUCUAAUUAUUGUUUUUAUAUGUAUUUCUAUUAUUAUCUUUAUAUUUGUUAUUAGUUUUAAGUUGAACUAUUCUCUGAUCUGUAUCAUCUGUAUAUUUUGCCUGUUCUUAGAGGGUUUACCCUAAGACUGUAAUAAAUGCCAAUUAAUCAAUCAAUCAAUCCCUCUCUGUCUCUCUCCCUCUCUUUCUUUUUCUCACUUACCUUGUACAGGUUCGACGUUUUUACUGUUGCAAUUUGGAUGAACUUCACGAUCGUGAAAAAGUAGCAUAAAAAACCUCUCACGUUCCUAUGUGACAAAUUAACGUCAAGAAAUACACCAAGUUUGUUUCUCUCUUAAAAAUUGUAUCAUAAAACUUGUAACACUUUCACAAAUUAAUUCACACCCUUAAUGGAUAGCACAAGACUGAUUUACGAGCUCGCGGGGACGCGGAAACGCUUGUCGCGUCGUAUUUUGCUACACGGCAAGCGUUUCCGCGUCCAGUAUGCAGGAGCCAAUAGUCUUUGCGUUGGAUCACGUCGGGUUAUGUGUGUUAUGCGUUCUUACUUCAAGUGAUUUCAAGUAAUUAACUGUUAAUACUAAUUAAUAAUAAUAAAGUAAUAGAAUCGUUCGUAAAUCGGUCUUGUGCUAUCCAUCAAGUAUGUGGGUAAAUCCGUAAAAUUGUCACAAGUUUUGUGAUACAAUUUCUGAAGAAAAUACAAACUUGGUGAGAGAGAGAGAGGAAAGAGAGAGAGAGAGAGAGAGAGAAAGAGAGAGAGACAGUGGUGUGUGUGUGCGCGCGCGUGUUUUAUGCUUUUAUGCGGUAGAAUAAUUCUCAUUGUCAAACAGUUAAUCGCAAGAGUGCCUCGUGUAAGCGUCCGCGUCAGACGAUGAGUUGCGCCGCUUCUAUCUAUCAUGUUUACACGGCCCAUAAUUCGCUAACUUUAUUCUCUUAUAAUUCAAAAAGUGAGCGUCGGACAAAAUUUUCGUAUCGGAAAAAUCGGGUCAAAAUUUACCUAAAAACACGUCUUUACAGGGACACAUGGGUCAUUCUAAAUCACCCUGUAUAAUAAACAGUAAAUCCAAAGAGAAUUAAAAGAUAGAAACGUCAAACAUUAGUAAACAAUUCUGUAUAUAACAGAUCUAAAAAAUUUGUGUCUGCAAAUUUAAAGGCUGUUUUUAUUUUUGAAUAUAAAUUAUUUUGAAUAAAAAUAAUAAAAUUUUGUAUUAACCCGUAAUGGUCACACUUCCAAAUAAUACAUAAUGAUCACAUAGGAACCACUGGACCCCUUUGCACAAAAUCAGUCGCCAUUUGCCAGCUUUUUGAUAUAUCGU